UAGACAGGAUUUACGGGGAAAAAAACUACAUAAAUGAUGCUUAGAUUCCGCUGCUAGAUGGCCCCCAACUCGCAACAAAACAGCCUCAGGUAUCCUUUCCUCUUUCCCAAAUGGUUUUCUGAAGCAACAGUUUAUGCGAUUCAGCCACGCCGUUUGGCUGGAGCAGCCGGCAUGGAGAAGGAAGAGAAAAGCGAAGAUGCCACGGCCGGCGAUUCACAGGCUGGCCCCUCCAUCGCUCUGAACGUGAAAUUCCGCGGGAAAAAGAUACCAGUCUCCAUUUCUCCUGAAUCCACCGUCGGGGAUCUAAAGUCCCGCCUCCAUCCCCUUACCAACAUCCCUCCUCGCGCUCAGAAGCUUAUGUUUUUUGGACAAAUUCUUGAAGAUUCUAUCAAGUUGGAGUCAUUGGAUAUAACUAGCCACCCCACAAUUAUUCUGAUACCUUCUCGUAGUCAGCUCCAAGCGGAUGAGCCGCUUACAAAACCUGCUUCAUCUGUUGUACCAAACUUAAUGACGACGGAUCCUUUUGUUGCAUUGUCUAUGGGAGGAAAUCCAUCUCAACAUUGGAGGAUAAGUGGUGCUGUAGCUUUGGGAAGUCGCCACUUGAAGGAUAUUCCUGAUGAAGUCUGGGAUUGUGCAUCGUAUGUUAGAAUAUUGGAUAUCAGUAACAAUUACAUUCAAGAAUUGCCAGAGAAAAUUGGUAGUUUGAAGUUGUUGAAUAAACUGUACCUGAAUACAAAUGAUUUAUCUGAUGAGAAGAUUAGCUGGGAUGGCCUUGCACAGUUGAAGUCUUUAACAAUAUUAUCUUUUAACAGUAACAGAAUAGCUACUUUGCCACCUGCUGUGGGUAGCCUGACCUCUCUUACUAUUCUCUAUAUUGCAAAUAACAAGUUAACAUGCUUACCAGAUGAACUGGGAUGUCUGAAUCAGCUUCGAGUUCUUAAUGCAAACUUCAAUAGGAUUAGCUCGGUGCCUGCAACAAUUGGAAAUUGUUCCUCGCUUGCUGAGAUAGAUUUAUCAAAUAAUUGUUUGUCCGAAUUACCAGAAACAUUUGCAAAUUUAAAAAGUCUGAAGAUUUUGCAUCUGGUGAACAAUGACCUAAAUUCGCUUCCUUCACAUUUAUUGAAAUGGUGCACAGAACUGGAAUUACUUAAGGUUGAUCUAGCAGACAGUCAUCUUCGUCAGAUGGAUGGAUAUGAAGAAUAUGAUGCACGCCGGCGUCGCCAUUUUGAAAAGGAACUACUUCCAUAAUUUUAUUUAUUCAAUUUCAUUUUUUUUUAUUUAUUUUCAUGUUGAACUAUUUAGGAAACUAUAGAGCAUGGGCAGUCAUAUUAUAUUUUGCUGUCACUUUCUCACUCUUAUGAUUUCAUAUUAAUCUUGAUUCGACUUGAAAAUAAAAAUUGAUAUAUUAUUUAUCUCGAAUUAAACUUGGCUUACAAUUUGU